AUGUGGCAUGCAGAGGGCUCCAGAAAUCUAGUCAUACAGAUAGCAGUAUUUUUGGUUUACAUCUUCCUGGGAGCUGUCAUUUUUCAAGCAUUAGAAUUGCAAAAUGAAGAAGAAGAACGAGAGGCAAUGCUUGUCGCACGAAAUCAAUUCCAAGCAAAGUACAACAUUUCUCAUGAUGAUAUGAAACUCUUUAUCAGCAAAAUCGAAGAGAUUGUUGAUCAUGGUUUUAGCCAAGACUGGGUGAAGCGAUGGACAAUCCUUGGCUCACUUUUCUUCGCUGGAACAGUUGUUACCACAAUAGGUAAGCAACUUAUUUUUCGGAGGUAAUAAAUCUUAUUUUACACGCCAUUGCUUGCCAACAAUUAGAGCAGAAGUUCACCUCAAACAAGGCCGUGCAAGGUCGAUUGAAACGCGCACUGAAUGUCCUCCUCGGUUAGUCUAUUUACCUUAUUAAUUGAAAAGUUUCUUCUCAAAUUGAGGACCUUCUUUAUUCUCCUUUAUAACGCAUUAUUUUGCAUUUAAAGUAUUCAUUCAACAGAGGCUUAGCUAAAUGGGUUUUCAAACAAAGCUAGAAACCCAUUUUAGCGUCUUUUUUGCAUGUACUCAAUGGGGUUUCCUCGUUUUAUUAUACAAUUUACUCCUUGUAGGAUGUUCAUUUGGCAGAUCACGGUACGAACUUUGUUCCAUAGUAUUCAUCCAAGAAGGAAAAAAUUGGACCCAACAACAACAAAAAAUAAAUUUAAGUUUAAAAAGACCGGUUACUAAUAUAGACAAGCAAAUAUCGAUAAAUUAAUCUGCAUAUUUUUCCUCCUUUUUUUUUUUCGUAUAAUUAUUUUGGAAAACCAAAUAAUCUAAAAGUAUAUAUGACAGUCUGGGAAAUGUCUCGCAAGUAAAGACCAAAAAAACCUCUCAAUCAAAAUCUAUUGCAGUGCACAGCUGCCCACGGAAGCUCAGAAAUAAAAUUCAUGGCGUCAAACAUAUACAUACAUGUAUAUCCCGUCUGUCAAAAAGUAAAACAAGAAGCCUAUACCUUUCAGUGAAUAUUGAAGAAAAUAGAUGAAUAUUUGGAGAUAGUUUGGAAAUUCAGAGCCUGACCACAGAACGUAUUUACCAUAACGUAUAGUUGUAGAAUAUUUCGUUAAAUAUUCAAUGCGGCUACUUAAUGGAAAUUGAGAGAUAUAGACUUCUUACGAGGCUUGUUGGAGUCAAUGUGCACACACACCACUUUACUAAAUGAAAUAUAUUUUAUACCGAACGAAAAUAACAAAUUGAGCAAGGUUUGGCGUCUUCCGCAAAGGAACAAGAUUAAAGUUGUUGUUAUGGAUAUUGGCUCUAGCUAAUUCAAUUAUAUCCGCAAUACUCCCCAAUACUUUUCAAUAAGGCUUGAGCUGGGCAAAGUCUCGUUAUCGAGAAGUACCUUUCAAUGACCUUUGGGAUUGUGAUUAAUUGGACCAUCUGUCACUAAAUUUAUAUGAAAAUUUAUAUGACAGCUCAGAAAAAUACUAUGGCUACCUUAUUAUGGCUGCUUUGUUAUGUCAAACAUUUUCUGUUCAUUUUUUCUCAAGGGGAACUUAGUACAGGAUUCAGAAUGGCGUGCUAAUUUUGACAGGUGCGAAAACCAAUGCUGAACGAAUUUUUUGAAAUCUUUCGGAUAUUAGUGACAACCCUGUUCACGCCAAGCCUAUUGUUUAUCCAUUUUCAAAAUUUACAGUUUAUAUUUUUCUCUCAACAUAGGAAUAUAUUAUCAUACGUUAAAAGAAAAAAGAUGACAUAAACGUCAAUAAAUGCGCGAAUACUGGCGUAACGUCCUUCGAAAGAAAACUUUGCAACUCAAAGGAUUAAUGAAAAUGUUAAAUAAUCUGAAGCGCGCCUUCCUUUCCGCUUAGCAUUUUUUCUCCAUUCUAAAAGCAAAAGUAUCAAUCGACCCUGACAACGAAACGCAGCAAGAACUAAGAUUGUAGAAUUUUAAUUGUUAAGUAACAAAAAUGUUUUGUUUCUAGUUGGAAACUGAAUAUAAGAUAUUUUAACAAAUAGGCUACAUACAAUUUUCACAAUUCAGAGCUGAAUUGAAUUCAGUGAUGAGAGAUACGACGGAUAAUUUCUUGGAAGUCCCAACGAGUUGAAGUAACAUCAAAUUUUCAAAGCAUAUUUUUUAAAGAUCAAGUAACCGUGAUUGCUAAAUUAAGAGCUAGUAUUGUAUCACAGUUCGGAAGCAUAGGAGCCCACUCUAAUCGUGUCCUCCCAAAGUUGUGGACUAGAUUGUAUGAUCACACUUGUGAUGUUCGAAUCACUUUGAAGACCUUCUUUUUGGCGAUUCUUAGGGACUGAUUUCUUCUUUUAAUUUCCCUGAUGAUUAAAUUAAAGGCCGAGAAAAACAGGAGGAAUUGCAGAUGCUCUUUAAAGCAGAGAACCCCCGUCAAGAUUACUCUAUUCAUACCCAGGAAAACGCCUCGAUAUGCUAAAAGAUAUAUAAGUGAUAAAGAAAAAACAAAAAAGCGUGACGCAUACGAAACCCCAUCAUUGCCUUAUUUUGACGCUUCUUUUAAAAACGGAGACAACUGUUUUUCGUCAUCUCAUAUCUAUUUAUCCUUUUUUACCAGCAAGGACGACGAAAAGUCUAUAGACAAGGGGAAACCCCUAUCGACUGGUGACAAAUAGCAUGUCUGUUAAUAUCAAACCUGAAUUUGACCAAUUUCAGUCUCAGCUGGAAAAUGAUGUUACAAACACAUUAACUUUUAUUCGUUUUCCAUUUAUUGCACGUUUUUACUAUUCAUCUGUGAUCGUUAAAUCAAAGAAAAUGAUGAAUAUCGAAUGUGGGCGGAAAAUAGUUAAAUAAUAUAAUUUCAUUUCAAUCAAUACAAUUUUAGAAAUUGUAGGCUGCUAGAAUUUUUUUUAUUUAUUGUCUCUUUUCUGGAAGUUUCUUUUGUUAGUGUUACGUAAUUGCAAAGGAAGCCGUCCUUUCAAAUAAAAGGGCCAAAAAAUAGUUUGGCAAGUCCCCACAUGGAUAAUUGACAACUUAUUAUUCCUCAAGCCCGAAUGCGUUCUGAGUCAAUAACCCAUGAGGUAGAAGGCCGAAUGGGCUAUUGAGUCAGAGGCCAUGAGCGGUGAGAGGAAUAAUUGUUUUAGUAAAAUCCAACUAGUCGGUCGAUUAUAUUAAGGCAAAACAACUUAAGCUAGCAAAAUGCGAUUCAGCCGCCAUUGUUUUGGUUUUCAAAGCCGGCGCUUUUCGCUGCUAGUGGGCUAUAACAUAUAGCCUAGUAGUAGCUCAACCAAUCAGAACGCAGCAUUGAUAAUAGACCACUAGUUGGGUUUUAUUAAUCGCAGAUAUUUCGCGCGCGAUUUUAUCAGAAUGAUCUGUUGACCGCCUUUUCCUGGAGGCAGUGUCGACUAGUGGUCGUCGGGUUCGACUCAACAUUUCGCUGCCCCGAGUCCGAGUCCCAGUCCCAUUCUGACCAAAUGAUAGAAUAGGGACCUUACGAAACAACGAAGGCGACGGCAACGGUAACUUUGCACGUGCAUCACGCUUUUUUCUACAUUUCUUCGGCGUCCCUGCACGACUACGACGUGAAAUGACCAAAUUUUAAGUUUUUUUGAGGACGCGAACGGCAAGGCGAUAAAUUCUACCAUCUCUGUCUGAACUUGGGCAUUGCCCUCUCUCUGCAGCUCCAACAUAAAUUCCCUUCUUUUAAGUAACUGGGCGACUCUGGAAAAUCGCGAAAUGGUUUGAAAGGAUGCGAAGUCUACUUUUCAGGGACGUUUUCAUGGACGUCGCCGUUGUCGGAUCGUAAGGUCCUUAAUAUGCACGCGGAAAACGGGUGUUACUAAAACUGGGAACGGAAAGCGGGGAACAAGCAUGGAAAUGGGAAAAUGAAAAAUCGGAAAACAAAACCAACCUUGAACCCUAGCCCUAUCAGCAAUUUUAUUUCCAAUUCUCUGUUUUGUUCCCAUUUUUCAUUUUCCCGUUCCCCGCGUUGGUUCCCCGCUCUCACUAUUCCCCGUUUUGGUGACAUCCCACGGAAAAUACUUUGCAGCUAUGAACAAGACAAUUUAACGCACAUCUCUUGGCCUCCAAAAUACUGCAUCCCACACAUCGUCGCGAAAAUUACUAAGAUAAUCCUGAUCGCUCUACCAUUUCGCAGUCCUCCAUGCCGGACAAGUCUAUAAUUGUAACAAGACUGAACACUCUUCAAGUGCCUGCACUUGUCGCUUUCUCUCAAGUCUUUGUGAAAGAAAAAGAAAAAAAACAGGAAAUGAAACCUCUACAGUAGCUCAAUUAGAUGGAUAUGGAUAGCAUAAAACGCGUUCUUUUUUUUUUUUAAUUAUAAAGACGUUCUCGUUUUAUCAAUGCUUUCAUUUAAGACUUUUUCACUUCGUAACCAUCUCCUCAUCCUCAUUCGAAGUUACUAGAAACUUUUUCUCUGACUUGUCUUACCGAUAAAGGAAGGCGUUACCAUCGAUAUGACGUUCGAAUACUUCCUUGAUGUGCCUGGCCUCUCUGACCACCCCGCCAGUCUGCACAGGGUUGCCAUAGAUUCUCUUGGAAAUACUCCAUUGUUAUCAAUGCAUUCAUUUAUUACAAAUUCCCUUACAUUCCCUUUGUAAAAUAUGAAAGGGCGAAAGUAGAUUCCGCUUGAGGUAGUUGCUUUUCGGUCGAUAGCGAUGUAAUUACGAUUUAGAGGUAGCACAUCCACGCAGGGGUUCUUCGUCAGCUACCAUUCCUGGUCGAAUUUGAAAUUGGAAAUGUUAGUUUUUGAGGAGAGGGGAAACCAGAGUACCCGAAGAAAAAACGCUCGGAGCAAGGAAUAGAACCAGCGUUAUCGGUUGACAACAUUCAACUUACAGAUCUGUUACAUUGAUGAGUCAUGCACCGACACCACCGCGCGUAUUCCCUUUGUUUCCUACGGCUUGACCUUUCCCUGAGUUUUGCGAGACUCUGCAAGGCACGUAUUUCUAGUAUUAUAUGUCAAGUUAUUUGAUUGAAGUGCCUGUAAACCAAACAGAACGACAAAGUCUUCCCACAAAAACACCUUGCUAGAUGGCAAACGAGGCAGUGGGAACUUGAAGAGAAAGGGUACUGUAACUUUUUGAAUGAUGUAAUUUACAUCAUAUGUAUAUAUAUAUAUAAAUAUAUCUAGCCGGAUUUUUGAUAACGUUAUCAAUAAAUGGACCUUUUGCGUCGAACAGCUUUUUUCGGCCAAAAACCUCCAAAAGUAGCUAUUAUAAAAACUAAGAGUGCAAAUUGCUCUUUUCUCUUCUCCUCCUUUCUUUCUCCUGGCUCUUUCCUUUUCUUUUUUCCUUUGUUACUAUGAUUUUGGAGCUUCUCGGACUUAAGAAACGUGUAUUUUGACGCCUUUUCACCCAAAAUGACUCAAAAUGCAAAUUCCGUUAGGUUGGUUUUCAAAACAUCGGCUAGAUAUAGUCUCGUCAUUAUCUUCAACGGUCACUUUAGAUCACUUUUGAAAAUGUAUGUUGAAUAGCAUACGAAACGGCAAGUUUAGAAAAAUGUGAAAGCUCACAAUGUUUAUCACCGCUGUUUGUGUUUUAUUUAUGUAACCUCUUUGUUUUUCUUGCCCCAACUGCGUCGAUUACCAUAGGUGUGUUUGUCCCAUGUGACCGUGCCCAUUCAUGAUGCUACAGAAAUUCAAUGGUUCAAAAGUAACUGCCUUUUUUAAUUACUAGGUUACGGUCACGUGACUCCAUGCACCGACGGAGGUCGCAUAUUUUGCAUUCUGUAUGCCUUGGUUGGAAUACCAUUGACAUGGUUAAUGCUGUCAACGCUGGCACAACACAUCAAUCAUUGGAUAGGCCUCGCCCUAGAGUGUUGUCACGAGCGGGUCCUCAAACGGAAACCAUCGAGAAUUGAAAUUAAAUCAGCUGCCAUUACACUGAUGAUAAGUGUCUUGAUGAUUUUAACUAUUGCAUUGUUCGGCUGUUACCUGGAAGGAUGGCGUUAUAUAGAUGGGGUAUAUUUCGGUUUUAUAACCCUGACAACCAUUGGCUUUGGAGACUUUGUCCCACUGCACCCGUCCCCUAAUCGUGAUCCCGAGGGUUACACUACACACGUGUUGAUGUUCACGAUCACGAGCAUUAUCUACUUCACAAUUGGAUUGGCUGUUGUGUCAAGUGUAUUGCUGUCGAUCAGGAAUGCUAUGGAGGAAAGGUCACUAAGCGGAUUUCACGUUCUCAAAGAUGAUGGAGAUGACUAG